AUGAAGGCCAUCAACGUCGAGGAGGCCUGGGCCUCGAACGUCACGGGCGCCGGCGUCACGGUCAUGAUCGCCGACGACGGCGUCGACGCGUCGCACCCGGACCUCGCCAAGCUGAGCGUCGCGGACUCGUGCGACCACUACCUCCCGGCGAGCGAGUUCGACACGCACGGCACGCAGUGCGCGGCGCUCGCCGUCGGAUCGUCGAACGACCACUGCGGCGUCGGCGUCGCCCACGGCGCGUCGCUCGCGUCGUGCAAGAUCUACGGCUGGGGCGACACUGAGGACGAACUCUACGCGGGCUUUGCCAAGGGCGACGUGAUCUCGAACUCCUGGAACUAUCCCGACUCGUGCAUUAUCCCCAAAGGGGGCUUCGACGCGAUGAAGGCGGGCAUCACCGACGGCCGCGGCGGCAAGGGCAUCGUCUACGUCUUCGCCGCCGGGAACGAGUACACCGGCGGCGGGAACACGAACUUCGAGGGCUACCUACACAGCCGCUACACGAUCACUGUCGGCGCCGUCGGCAUGGAUGUGCUCCACGCGUCCUACUCGUCCACGGGCGCGUCCGUCUUCGUCUCCGCGCCCGGCGGCGACUCCGGCGACGUCCUCGGCAUGGUCACGGCGUUCCCCGUCGCCACGGGCACGAGCUGCCGCAACGCGGGGUCCGGCACGUCCUUCGCGACGCCCAUCGUCAGCGGCGUCGCCGCGCUCAUGCUCGAGGCGAACCCAAACCUGGGCUGGCGCGACGUCCAGGGCAUCAUCGCUACUACCUCCAAACUCCCGGACGACGACGGCGACCUGCCGCGGUCCGUCAACGCCGCGGGCAUCGGCCACAGCUACCAGUACGGCUUCGGCAUCAUCGACGCGGGCGCCGCCGUCGCCGCGGCGCGGACCUGGCAGAACUACUACACCGAGACCGUACUCACGGCGAUGGCGUCGCCCGGCGCGGCCAUCGCCGACGACGGCGCCGCCGUCAGUUCGACGAUCUCGGCCGCGGCCGACGCCGACUUCGAGGUCGAGACCGUCGUCGUCGUGCUCACGAUCGACCACCCGCAUCGCGGCGACCUGAGGAUCAUCCUCGAGCGCGACGGCGUCGAGUCGCUCCUCGCGCCGGAGUCCGACGAGGACGGCGACGGCUACGCCGACUGGAAGUACACGACCGUCCGCCACUGGGGCGAAUCCGCGAACGGCGGCGGCGGCUGGACGCUCAAGGUC